AUGCAUAGAAUUCUUCACAUUAAAGUGAACUAUGAACUAAAAAAAUUCCUCAGAUGCCUGCCCAAUGAGUUCCGGUGCAGUAAUUCGUGCAUCGACCUCGUGCAGCGCUGCGACCGCGACGUCGAUUGCCCGAACGGCGAAGAUGAGGACGGCUGCGAGUCAUUCGUCUGCCCAGUGACGCACUUCAAGUGCGCCAACCACUUCUGCGUGCCUGAGGACGCCGUCUGCAACUUCGAAGACGACUGCGGUGACGGGUCGGACGAACAAAGCUGCUCGCAUCGAUCUUGCUGGAAGUCGGAGUUCCGGUGUGACAACGGAGAGUGCAUCCGUCCUGGCUUCGUAUGCGACGGCGUCGUCGACUGCAAGGACGCCAGCGACGAGGUGCACUGCACACCAGCCGAGUUCAGCAUUUGCGGCGAUGGAACGCGAGUCCACAAGUUCUUCUGGUGUGAUGGUUGGCCACACUGCCACGACAACCACGCCGACGAACUCAACUGCACCGAGUGCAGAGGACAGGGCGAAUAUCUCUGUCCAAACGGCCGCUGUAUCAGGCGCGCCAAUGUCUGCGACUCAUACUGCGAUUGCGUGCCGGCUUCCAGAGGGCAACCGUGUGCAGACGAGGUGGACUGCGCCGGCAGAUAUCUCAAGGAGUACGGAGUCAGUGUCUGCACACCAGGUGAAACGUUGUCGUGUGUUCUGCCAUCCAACAAGAAGCACCGAGAGGAACGUUGUAUCUCAUCAGACUUUAUAUGUGACGGCUAUAAUGACUGUCAUAACGGAAGAUAUAUCUCCGAUGAAUUUGGGUGUGAUUCGUUUAAAUUGGUCUCCACAGAAGAUCUGUUCAAUUGUUCUGAGGGGCGUGCUAUACCUCUGUCCCUAGUGUGUGAUUUCAAACGAGACUGUCUGAAUGGAGAAGAUGAACAGUUCUGUCGUAAGUAUAACCAGUGUCUUAACUCUCAGCAAGCAGGAAAAAAUAGUUGCUCAGUAAAAGAAUUCACUUGUGCUAAUGGGCAAUGUAUUCCAUUGGAACAGGUCUGUGAUCUGAGUUUUGAUUGUUGGGAUAAGACUGAUGAAAUGAACUGCAGUGACUACAUGGCCAAUAACUUGCUGAACUACUCACUCAAUGUUGAUACCUUCUCAAAACUAGACCGGCUGUUAUACUUGGAUCUGACAAACAACAGUAUUUCAUGGCUACCUCCAAUGAUGUUUCGUAAUCAGUGGCGACUGCACAUCCUCAAUUUACAGAAUAACAAGUUAUCUGUAAUUAGCAAUGGUACAUUCUUUGGAUUACCUAAACUUGGAACACUUCAUCUACAUGGUAACAACAUCCAGAGCUUAGAGCCAAUGGGCUUUUAUGGUCUCUCUUCACUGAAAGCACUUGAUCUUAAACGCCAAAGGAUAAGCAACAUUUCCCACGGUGCUUUCAUUGGGCUACGUAACUUAGUGACACUUGACAUGUCAUACAACUGUAUAGCUUAUCUAACAGAUGGAACACUGAUCGGAAUGCCCAAGCUGGAGACACUGGAUCUGAGUGGUAACAGCAUUAGAACCAUUGGCAGUACUGUCUUCAAGAGUGUAAGGUCCCUGAAGAGAUUAACAACUGAUGAAUAUAGAUUCUGCUGCUUGGCACGACAUGUCAGUGUCUGCAUGCCACCACCUGAUGAGUUUUCUUCAUGUGAAGAUCUUAUGUCUAAUUUGGUACUUCGUGUCUGUGUAUGGAUCCUUGGGAUCAUGGCAACUUUAGGAAACACAUUGGUCAUUGUGUGGAGAAAGUGUUUCAGGCAUCCUAAUAAGGUUCAUUCGUUCCUUAUCACCAAUCUUGCUAUAGGAGAUUUAUUCAUGGGAGUUUACCUUCUCAUAAUUGGAAGUGCUGAUACUUACUACCGUGGAGUUUAUUCAGUUCAUGAUCGUGACUGGAGAAGUAGUGGAAUGUGUCAUACUGCAGGAUUUUUUAGCACCUUCUCUAGUGAAUUCUCAGUGUACACACUCACUGUUAUUGCUUUGGAUAGAUUCUUGGUGAUACUAUUUCCGUUUCAUGUGAGGACAAUGAAAAUGACAAAAACCCGAAUAUUGAUAGCAGGAGGAUGGUUGGGUGCUGCAUUUUUAUCAGGUCUACCUUUUAUACACGUCAGCUAUUUUAAGAAUUUUUAUGGAAGAUCUGGAGUUUGCCUUGCACUUCACAUAACACCACAGAAAUAUAAUGGAUGGGAAUAUUCAGUGUUUGUGUUCCUCUUCUUGAAUCUGGCAUCAUUCUCUGUUAUUGCUGUCGGGUAUACGUCAAUGUUUGUGAUAGCAAGGACAACUCAACAAGCAGCACAAAUGAAUCAGAAAACUGCUGAGUCAGCAGUGAUUGCCCGCCGAAUGACUCUUAUUGUUGCUGCAGAUGCAGCUUGCUGGAUGCCUAUCAUAUGCUUGGGGAUACUGUCUUUGGCAGGAAUGACAGUCCCUCCACAGGUUUACGCAUGGAUAGCUGUAUUUGUUCUACCACUAAACGCAGCUAUCAAUCCUAUUCUUUACACAAUAUCAACUACACCUUUCCUAGAACCAACUCUAAAAGGAUUGAAGACUUUGAAGAGGUCAUGUAGGCUGUCGCUUACAACUGAACAGCACCACACAUACUCAUCUGUUACAGCCUCUGAACAUCAACAUGAUUGUAAUCUUCAUGGCCAUCCAUUUAUGAUUGAUGCUGGUCAUUCAAUUGGAAAUGACAAAUACAAAAAGAAACAACAAGAAAAUUGUAACGAUACCAGUGAAGAGGAUGGAGAACAUUUCUUUUCUGCCAGUGAAUGGUAA